AUUUUGAAUUCUGCUGUUUGUUUUGAUCUUUUCCACAGAAACUCGACCACAAAGAGGAAAUAGAUGCACUUCUACUUUUAUGUGGCUUUAAAAGGGAGGCUUGUGAGAGGAAGUCAGACGAACAAUGUCUCUCCUUGGAGCUCUGUUCAUUUUUGUGCUUCAGUUUGAAGCAAGUGUCUGUGGUAUAUCUAGAGCGGAGAUCUACCAUCCACUUGGGGAAGACGUAGUUUUGUUGUGUCGACUUCCUCAAUCUGACCCACAUGUUGGGGUUAAAUGGCAUCAUGAUGGAGAAACUCUUGUGUCGAACGGGACGAUGAUGGAUGCUUCGUCUCGAGGAGGAAGGCUGAGCGUGAACAUUUACGGAUCUCUGAUCAUCAAGAAAGUUACGGCUUCAGAUGCUGGAGUCUACACAUGUCAGUUUCCAAACUCCAUCAACGUUUUGGACAAUGUGCUGUGUCUUUUGUCCAUCUCUCCAUCUCCACCAGAUUCUGAGUGUAAAAAGAACAAAAUUAUGGAUUUAAACUGCUCUCUGAUUUGCAACGCCUUCUCAUGUCGAGAGGGCAGCUUUGUCUGGCUGAAUGAAACUGGACAUGUGUUACAAGAAAAGAAAGAUGGUCAGAACUUGGAUGCAGGCUGCAGUUCAGUUCUCACUGUGAACCGUCUGAUGGGAAACUACCGCAGAUACGGCUGUCGGUUUGUUCAGAAAGACCGGGUCAAAGCAGAGCUUCACUACACGCCUGUCUUCUCAGAUUCCACAGACUGGCCCGUUCUGAGCUCCGUCCUGCUGAUUCUGCGCGUCGCAGGACUGAUCCUGAUGAUCUGUGUUGUUGUUGUUGUUUACAUCAGAACCAGAGGAAGCAAGAAGCCACCGAAGGACAUCAAUGUUCAUUUUGUCUGCAGAGACGGCUCUCUGAGCUAUGAAAAUAUUGGAGUCUGUUCUUCUACUGUCAGUCACUGAACUUCACCACAACAAGCUUUACAUAUCAGCUUUGACUAUUUUAAGUUUUUAUUGCUGUAUUACUAUUUAAAUGUUACAAAGCUAAUAAAUCAUAGGAGGAUCAGGUGAAGAGACAGAAGUCCUGAGUAAAAAUGUUUGUUUCAGUCUAAAUGUUGUGGGGAAACUGCAGGACAGGAAGUAGAGGAAGAAUAAAGUGAAUGUUGAUCUA